ACAUAAUCUUUGAGCUCGUUCAGUAUUCCAAUCAGUAUUUAUUGUUGUGUAGCCACGUAUCGUACAUAUCUGAAAUUUAAACAUGAAUCCCAAAUUGUAUUUUAUUUACUUAACGCUCAUUGCGAAGCUCUUCCUACUGUCGCAGCUACCUUUGGGGCAUGCCAAAAGUGUCUCCAUUGCGUCGACGCAGCAGCAGGAGAUCGAGGGGAGCAACAGGAAUGACACUUCCACUUCCAACCUGGAUGCAGGCGAACAGAAGAAGAACUCCACUGCCCUUUCAUUAGCCGAUGGAACUGCUACUCUUGUGUCUGUGUCUGUGUCAGUGUCUGCCUCGCCAUCCUCGCCAUCUAGUGUGCAGCAUAUACGUCGCAAGAAGCGUGAAGUUCUGGUGGAUAUACCAUUUGAUUUCUUCACGAACCAUAUGCACUGCGACUUCGAUCAAACGGGAACCUAUAAGAUACUGGACUUUUUCCCCUUCACGUGCAUUUGGCUGCAAAACAAUAGGCACUUCCACGAGGGAUGGUGGCGCAUAUAUAUGCAGGGCAUGAUGGAGGCAUUCUUCUUUGGACAGUACUACGAGCGCUUGCGACGCUUCGAGCUCGAUCCGCACACCUUCGACUACAGAGGCUCGGGGUUCUAGUCUACUUACUAGUCCCCAUAAAACUAAUGCAGAAAUAAAAUUAAAUGUAGAUCUUGUUCUAUAAGAAAUAACUCUUUAAAUGGGCUGGCUGGAUUUGUAAGGAUUAUCUGAUUAUUGUAGCACUGAUUUAGCUGUCGGAUCUUUUAGGGACUAGAACAAAACACUACGCCCGGGUUGAAUAAAACCAAAACCGAAAACGAUACAAAAAAACACAAAUAUGAUUGGGAUAUACACAUUAGCUCUGAUAUGGCAGCUAGUCCUAAUGUGCCAGCUGCCACUAGGGGGUGCCAUGAGUAUUUCCAUGAGUAUUGCUCCAACACAGCAGCAGCAGCAGCAGCAGUCUAUCGGCGACACUAGCCACAACAUCUCCACCUCGAUCAUCGAUCCCGCAACUGAUCAGAAGAAGAACACCACUAGUGUGGCAGCAUCCCUUGCCGUUGCUACUUCUGCCACUGUUUCUGCUACCCCUUCGGUUACCCUUUCGGUUACCAUUGAAUCAUCGCCAUCCACCAUAAAGCAUAUCCGGCGGCGCAAGCGUGAAACCCGGGUGGAUAUACCAUUCGAUUUUCAUACAAAACAUCUGUUCUGCGACGUCGAUGUUCAAAAUGUCCAUCACAUCAUUGAUAAUAUGUACAGUGUCUGUAAUUGGGCAUACAACGGCAGGUGGAGCCAUGAGGGAUUCUGGCGUGUCUGGCAGAUCUACAGACUGGAGGCAUUCAUGUUUGGUCAGUACGCCGAGCGCCUGAAGCGCUACGAACUCGAUCCGCACGGCUAUGUUUGGCCUAAAGGCCAAUAGGUGCCCUUAAGGUGUACUCUAGUGUCAAUAAAAUUACGUGUUUAAUGUACUCAUUGGA